AUGGCCAAGGGAGCAGAGAUCUAUGAGGAUGAGGAUGCAGUGGAGCUCCUCCCUUCGAGACUUUAUUAUGAGCCCUCUGAAAGCAUGGAUUGGAGACAACAUCAGGGCAGGUGGAUUAGUAGGCCACAUCUGGAGGAAGGGGGAGUCCAAGAUGAGAGGACUUUUGUUGACAUGAUACAAGAAGAUUUUGAAUGGGAAAAAGCAGAUGUUGGGAAGAGAAAGGCUGACGAGCUCAGGACCAUGGAGAAAAACGAGAUUAGGAGGGCUCUUGAGUGCCCUGCCCAUUUGCCUCUCAUUGCUGUGGACUAUAAAGUGGUGGAUUUGAUUACCUGGACCACCAAAUGA